AGAAAGGCGCCCAUUCCCCGAGGAGGGCGCUGCUGGGAAGCCCCGCUCACUUCUGCCUCCACUUAGGCAACCCCAGGAGCUCUGACUCCUAGGCAGUCACCGGGAAGGGCCGCUGCCCCGCCCGCGGCCGCGGCCUGCGUGACACUUCCGCACUGUAUAAGGGCAGCGGCCCUGGGCGCUUCCUCCCAGACCUCGCACCCAGCUCGGAGCCCGGAACGUGCCUCGGCGCAUCGGCUUUCACCAUGGAGCAGCUGAGCUCAGCAAACACCCGCUUCGCCUUGGACCUGUUCCUGGCCUUGAGUGAGAACAAUCCGGCUGGAAAUGUCUUCAUCUCUCCCUUUAGCAUUUCGUCUGCGAUGGCCAUGGUCUUUCUGGGGACCAGAGGUAACACGGCGGCGCAGCUGUCCAAGACUUUUCAUUUCAACACGGUUGAGGAGAUUCAUUCAAGAUUCCAGAGCCUGAACGCUGAUAUCAACAAACGUGGCGCAUCCUAUAUCCUGAAACUUGCUAAUAGAUUGUAUGGAGAGAAAACGUACAAUUUCCUUCCUGAGUUCUUGGCUUCAACUGAGAAAACAUAUGGUGCCGUCCUGACCAGUGUGGAUUUUCAGCGCGCCCCUGAAGAUGCAAGGAAGACCAUAAACCAGUGGGUGAAGGGACAGACAGAAGGGAAGAUUCCGGAGCUAUUGGCUUCAGGUGUAGUUGAUAACAUGACUAAACUUGUGCUGGUAAAUGCCAUCUAUUUCAAGGGAAACUGGCAGGAGAAAUUCCUAAAAGAGGCCACGACGGAUGCCCCGUUCAGAUUGAAUAAGAGAGACACAAAAACUGUGAAAAUGAUGUAUCAGAAGAACAAAUUUCCGUUUGGCUACAUCGAGGACCUUAAGUGCCGUGUGCUGGAACUGCCUUACCAAGGCAAGGAGCUCAGCAUGGUCAUCCUGCUGCCGGAUGACGCUGACGAUGAGUCCAUGGGCCUGAAGAAGGUUGAGGAACAGUUGACUUUGGAAAAGCUGCGUGAGUGGACCAAACCUGAGAAUCUCAGUUCCAUUGAAGUUAAUGUCAGCUUGCCCAGGUUCAAACUGGAAGAGAGUUACACCCUCAACUCUGACCUGGCCCGCCUGGGUGUGCAGGAUCUCUUUGACAGUAGCAAGGCUGAUCUGUCUGGCAUGUCAGGAGCCAGAGAUAUAUUUAUAUCAAAAAUUGUCCAUAAGUCCUUCGUGGAAGUGAAUGAAGAAGGAACAGAGGCAGCAGCUGCCACAGCGGGCAUUGCCACUUUCUGCAUGUUGAUGCCAGAGGAAAAUUUCACAGCCGACCAUCCAUUUUUUUUCUUUAUUCGGCACAAUUCCUCAGGUAGCAUCCUGUUCUUGGGCAGAUUUUCUUCCCCUUAGAAGAAAAAGACUAUAGCAAUACAAAAUCAAGCUUAGAGCUUUAUUACCUGAGUUUCUAAUGGUGCCAAUGUUCUUACAUCUUUACCAAUAAAACCACUAUCCAGAAACAAAUCUUUCAA